AUGCUGAGGUUAGUAGUUUUGAUGGUUGCUGUUUCUCUUGGAUUUGCACAAGAAAAUGGAAUUGAUUUCGAUAAUCCGGGAGUGAGUUUUGUAUAAAUUUAUGAAAAACAUCUUGAACACUGUUAAUUUUAAGAACUGCGGAACUGAAGCCAGCAACUGGAAACCUUGCAUUGAACGAAAAAUCGCUGAUCAAGUUUAUGGAAGUUGUUGUGAAAGAUUUGUUCCACCAGAGUGCAGAGGAUUGUGUAUUUAUGAAACAAAUGCCAUUGAAGCCAGAGUUGUUGUAAGUUAGACAAGGGGAUGAAUUUUUUUACUAAUUACGAGCAUUUUGAAGUUUAUUAGUUUUUAUUUAAUCUAAGUUUAAAUCCGAGGUUGAGAUUUCAAGAUUCACCCCCAUUUUAAAAGUUCUCUUAUGAAAUCUGAUAAAUCAACAAUGAAAAAUAAUGGUUUUACAAUAAAAAAGAAAAAACAUUGCAAACCAAAACAUUAUGAGUCAUGUCUACACAAAAAAUUUUAAAGAAAAUAAUUGAACUUUGAACAUCUUGCAAACCAAUUUAUUCUAAAAAAGCACAGUUGUUCCCAAAAUUUUGAACCGAUUUUGUUGCAGUUGAUGCACACAAUUCAACCAUCCCGAUGCCGCCUCUACAAAUAUCUUCCAUCAAUUGUUCACUGUGCUGCUCAAACCCACGACAACACUGAAUGUUGUAGAUCAAAUGGUGUUGGUGAUCUUGGUGAGCAAUGUCUCGAAAUGUGCAAACCACAAUCAAAUCCACGUCGAUUCUGGGGAGUCAAAUCACUUCGCAAAGAUAUGGUUAUCUGCCUUGCUCGAUGGGAUCAAAUUAUGCAAUGUCAUCAAUCAGGACUUCGGGCUAGAAAAGUUCCACGUGUUCAAGCAUAA